AUGGUGAUCACAGGGCCCCCAGAGAGGCAUCCGCCACGGCAUUCCGCUGCUCCCUGCUCCGCCGGCCAGAAUCCUUCCUGGAUCUCUGACCUGGAACUGGGCAGCCUUCUGGUUGGGACACUUGAUUCAGUCUUAGACUCAACAGCUAAAGUGGCUCCAUUUCGCAUCCUCCAUCAGACACCAGGUUCUCAGGUUUAUUGGUCCAUCGCAUGUGGAGCCAGCAGAGAAGAGAUAUACAAGCACUGGGAAUGGUUGGAACAAAAUGUCAUGAAGACCUUAUCUGUGUUUGACUCAAACGAAGACAUUACUAGUUUUGUGCAUGGAAAGAUAAGAGGACUGAUUGCUGAAGAGGGAAAAGAUUCUCUUGUAAAAGGUGAUGACCUUGGGAAAUUUCGAGAAGCUCUUAUGAAAUUCGAAAAAUGCUUUGGUUUAGCCAAACAAGAGAAGCUGGUGACAUAUUAUUCGUGCAGUUAUUGGAGAGGACGCGUUCCUUGCCAGGGCUGGCUUUAUCUUAGCUCCAACUUUCUGAGUUUCUAUUCUUUUUUGUUGGGAUCAGAAAUCAAACUUGUUAUCUCCUGGGAUGCCAUCUCCAAACUUGAAAAGACAUCUACUGUCCUUCUUACCGAGACUAUCCAUGUGUGUUCCCAGGGGGAAGAUUACUACUUUUCUAUGUUUUUGCACAUUAAUGAAACAUUCUUUCUCAUGGAGCAGCUGGCCAAUUAUGCAGUAAGAAGACUUUUUGACAAGGAGACAUUUGAAAAUGACCUCAGCGACCCUCUGAAAAUCACUAAAAGAACAAUAGAGAACCUGGCACGCAGUGAGCAGUUCAGUUCCUUUUUUAGGCUCCCCAAAGAAGAGAACUUAAAAGAAGUACAUGAAUGUUUCUUACGGGUACCGUCUGGCCACUUGAGCACUCAUGGGAGAAUGUGUAUUUUCGACAACUACAUCUGCUUUGCUAGUCAGGAUGUCAGUCUCUGCAGUGUAGUCCUUCCACUAAGAGAGGUCCUUGCUGUAAAUAAGGUGGAUGACGGUAGCCAGUCGGUGGUCUUUAGCAUCAGAGGAAAGAAAGCCUUUCGAUUCACUGAGGUCAGAGACUUUGAGCAGCUUGUGGCAAGACUGAAACAUAUAUGUGGUGCAGCUUCCAUUCCACAGCAGGAUUUGAGCACAGAGCCCAUGCCCAGUCCUGACCCUGGGAGCUCAGAACCCUCUCUGAUGGAACAUAAAGACUGCAGCAAGAUUGUGAACACCCAGGCUCUAAUGACAGAAUUUCACCCUCAAGAUUUGGAAAAUAUCGACUCUAAAAUGCUGAAAGAAAGGAUGAAGGAGCAAUCGUGGAACAUACUUUUCGUAGAAUGCGGCCGUGGCGUUAGCAUGUUUCGGACAAAAAAGACUCGAGACUUGGUCGUAAGGGGUAUUCCUGAGACCUUAAGAGGAGAAUUGUGGUUGCUUUUUUCAGGUGCUGUUAAUGAUAUGGCUACCAGUCCUGGCUAUUACGCUGACUUGGUCGAGAGGUCCUUGGGGACUUAUACUGUAGCAACUGACGAAAUUGAACGGGACUUGCGGCGCUCCCUACCUGAGCACCCAGCCUUUCAAAGCGAUACUGGCAUAUCUGCAUUGAGGCGGGUACUCACUGCAUAUGCACACCGGAAUCCAAGAAUCGGAUACUGCCAGGCAAUGAACAUUUUGACAUCAGUAUUGCUUCUCUAUGCAAAAGAAGAAGCAGCUUUUUGGCUUCUGGUUGCCGUGUGUGAACGGAUGCUUCCUGAUUAUUUUAAUCACCGGAUUAUCGGGGCCUUGGUGGAUCAGGCAGUCUUUGAGGAACUGAUCAGAGACCACCUUCCUCAGCUGAUGGGCCACAUGACCGACAUGACCUUCUUUUCCUCAGUCUCCCUCUCCUGGUUCCUCACUCUCUUUAUCAGUGUGCUGCCUAUUGAAAGUGCAGUGAAUGUCGUGGACUGUUUCUUCUAUGAUGGGAUAAAAGCCAUCUUGCAGCUGGGAUUGGCAGUGCUUGACUAUAAUAUGGAACAGCUGUUGGCAUGUAAAGAUGAUGCUGAAGCGGUCACAGUGUUAAACAGGUUUUUUGACAAUGUCACUAAUAAGGACAGCCCAUUGCCUUCAACUGUUCAACAGGGCUCAAGUGCAAGUGAUGCCAAAAGUCAUUGUACUAAAGUGGAUAUUACAGAUUUGAUCAGAGAAGCAAAUGAGAAAUACGGGGACAUUCGCUACGAGGAUGUGUAUAGCAUGCGCCAGAGAAGUCGGUUGUGCGUAAUCCAGGUGCUCGAAGAAACCACAAAGCAGAAUGUGCUCCGGGUUGUAUCACAGGAUGUAAAAUUCGGCCUUCAUGAAUUAGAAGAGCUUUACGACAUCUUUAAGAGGGAGCACUUUUUGGCUUGUUAUUGGAACCCGACCAGCACUGCCCUGAGGCAUCAUGACCCCAGCUUGCCAUACCUGGAGCAGUAUCAAAUCGACUGCCAGCAGUUCCGAAUACUGUAUCAUCUGUUGAGCCCCUGGGCAUAUUCUGCAAACCGGGACUGCUUAGCACUAUGGACAUUCAGACUGCUGGAUGAAAACUCCGACUGCCUUAUCAACUUCAAAGAAUUCUCCUGUGCGCUUGAUAUCCUGUAUAGUGGAAGUUUUACCGAGAAGCUUAAGCUGCUUUUUAAGCUGCAUAUUCCACCAGCCUUUACUGAAGUGGAGUCUUUGAGCCCUUCCAAAGGAGACCAGCUUUCUGAGGAUGAACUCCUCCGCUUCAGCCAGUUUCACGUUUCCUUAUCUGCACAUGGACAGGAAGUAGGAUCAGCAAAAGACAGCCCUGAGAAAGGCAAGGGAAAACUCGAUGUUCAAGCGUAUCUAAAGCAAUGGCAAGAUGAGCUUCUUAAAAAAGAAGAAAACAUUAAGGAUUUACCCAGAAUGAAUCAGGUCCAGUUUAUUCAGCUCUCGAAGACCUUCUAUAACUUGUUCCAUGGUCAUCCCGAAGAGGAAGAGUUAUACCAGGCCAUCGCAGUUGUAACCAACCUCCUGCUGAGGAUGGAAGAAGUGGGGAGGAGACUGCACAACACAACGUCACCAGCCAAAAAGAAGGCCGGUGACACCGACACUGCUGUCGCCACCAGCAGCACCAGCACAGGUCCCAGCAACAGCACCGCCACCGAGACAGCCAAGGAGGCCACCCCACUUAAAGAGGAACACCAGUGGUCUUUUUCAUUUGAGCAGAUCCUUGCGUCAUUGUUAAAUGAGCCUGUGAUAGUGAGGUUUUUUGAAAAACCAGUAGAUGUCCAAGCCAAGUUAGCCGAUGCAAAAGCCUCCCAGCUGAGUUCUAGAACCCGGAUAUAA